AUGGAAGCAGCUUGCGACGGCCGCGUCGGCAGAAGCGUCCUCGUGCGCACGUUCGGCCAGCUGUCCCCGCAGCAGCAGGACCGCGCUCGGGAGCUGGUGCCGAGCGCCUAUCGCGCAGUUUUCGAUAAGCUGGUUGCAGAACGAACGCGCUGCGCUGGCUUGGAUGGCGCCGCUUGCAUCUUUGCUCAGACUUCUGCCGGAGGGCCUGCCAAACUGCACAAGAAGCAUGCUUGCUGCUUAUUUUGCGACCCUCCGCGUCUAGCGGCCGAAUGCACCACGCUGACAGGCCGCAGUCGAGUCUUAGCGAGCAUGCGGCGCCUGGCUCUAGCCUCCCGGGAUACGGCAGUUGCAAGAGUACCAGAAGCGCAUCGCCAAUUCUUCGUCGAAGCACUCCAAGCGAUCCCGGGCCCGGUGGGCACGCGGCGCCGCAACCGCAAACGUCCUGCUGCGGCUUCAGGUUUUACUUGGGGCCCGGCUCUUGCCGGGCGGCGCUCGUUGUGCGCCGCACCUUCCGACGCAGCCAAACACCUGUACCGCAAGCAAGUUUUGGACGAUCGUGCCCGAGCCCGGCGUCGCUUCGGCAUUGCUGGCCGUGCCGUGCGUGGCGAAGCUGUGACAAACGACACGGGGCUCCCGCCACCGAAGCGAGCCCGGUCGGAGCUCGCCGCGGAUCUUUAUGAAUGGUGCGAGAAACGUUCUUGGGGCAUGUGUGCAGAGUGCUACAGUAUGCUGCCGUUGCCGCUGACCGAGGCCACGCUGAAAGGCCAGGGGCGGGCUUUGCGCGGCCUAACCGAGGAGACCCUGCAGGCGCUGACUCACCUUCGCUUGGAUGUCGGGCCCGAGAUACGGGCAUCGAAUAACAGUGGCUACCGACAGCAUGCCACUAUGGCCCGUUUCUUCUGGCAGUCUUCCAGCACUUCCAAGCGCAUUCGGGCGAUUCAGAAUCCAGCGCAGCGACAGCUUGCCCGCACAGCGAAGAAAUAUUUGAUGCGAGCGCAAGAUUGCGCUUACAGUCGCUUCGAGUCGGAACACGAAGCUUUUCUAGCCAAGCACCCGGACCCGGACGAGCGGACCUGCCGUCGGCGUCUCCAAUUCAUAGAAACACCCGGACUGGAAACUUCUUUGUGGCCGCACCUGUUCUACAAAGAUUCCUUGUGCUUGACUGUGGUGCGCUGCACGGAUGCCCGGCGCGUUGGCCGCGUCUGUGGCCCGACGUUAGAGGCCUUCGUCCGCGGCGACGCGGGCUCGGACACGGAUGACGAUGCGGAAGCGGACGGUCGGCGCCACAGUAUCAAGCGCGCCUACUCAUCCCUUGCCUUGUCGGCCCACCUCGGGUAUGGGAGCCGCUGCGACGUUCUGCAUUUUGCUUACGACCUGAAUCUGUGGUCGGCGCUGGGCGCGAAGAAAACGACGAGUCGAGAGUACGAUGCACGCCGACGGGACCGCUUGCGUGCCCGUCCCGACACAGACCAAGACACCGGAAGGGCUUUCAAUGCGGAGCAGCGACACCUGCAGGCAAAGCUCGCCGCGGCUGUGGACCGCGUCCUGGCCGUGCAACAAACCGUUAGCGAAGCGGAGGCAGACGAGCUCCUGCAGGAGGCGUACGAGCAGGGGAAGAUCUUCGUCUGCACCGGUGGGCCGGGCACUGGGAAGACGACGACGGCCCUCGCGGCUGUGCAACGCACGCUGGAUUUGGGUGGCGAAGUAUUGUUCACCUAUCCGACGAACCGCCAAGCUAGCCGCAUGCGUGCAAAGCUGCCGGCCACAGUGGCGGUGGACACAUUUCACGCGGCGUUUGCCUUGGACGAGCCGCCGGGCGCCGUCCUGCCGGCGCUAGCGCGCUACGCACUCAUCGUGGUGGAUGAGAUUUCGCAACUGCAACAGCCGCAUUUCGAGCACAUCUGCAAGUUGUGGAACCAAGCUGACAACCUUCCGGCGAUCCUCAUGGCCGGGGACGAGUUGCAGAUGGCCGGGUUUGGCCCGACGCGCGCGUGGCACAGCCCGCUGUGGAAGCGCAUGAUUUACAGGGUCAAAUUGCACAAGACGUACCGCUGCAAAGACCCGGCGUUCAACCGCAUCUUGCAAGAGCUCCGCACAAGCCGUCCAGGGACCAAGACUCUAAAAUGGUUACACGGUCGCAAAGCGUGGGCGCCCCCGCAGAGUCCCUCCGUGGACGGGAUUCGAAAGCUCCUCAAAGCCCAUCCGGAUACCGUCGUCCUGACCUGCACGCGGCGGGGAGCUCAAACGAUCAAUGACUUGGCAUUGCGAGCUCUCUUUCCUCGCUAUGACCCUUUGGCUGUGCUACCUGCGGAUGUGGAGUCCAACCCCAAGAAUUACGAGGACGGCGCACUUUUGCAGGAUUUGUCCGCCCUCGCGCCGCUUCCGUUGCCGAUCUUUCGCGGCAUGCGUGUGGUUUUCACACGAAAUGUCCGCAAGGACGUGGACUUCGUCAAUGGAAUGGACGGACAGGUGGUCGCCUACAACGCCACCUCCAAAGCGGUGGAGGUCGUCACGACUACGCAGCAUCGCGUCGCGGUUUGGCCUUGGACAGACCCGGACCUGGGCAACUUGACUUACUAUCCUUUGAAGGCUGCUUAUGCAGACACGAUCGUCAAGUUCCAAGGGGCCGAACUCACACACGUGACGGCCUACUUAGACUGCCCUGGUGUGCCGGGUGCUGCAUACACCGCCCUGAGCCGUGUCUCGUACGGCAAAGACAUCUUGAUCGGUGGAGCUGUGACUGCCGCACAUUUUCAGCCGGUGGAUGAAGCCAAAGAUGGGUGA